AUAGUAUUUCGAAAUACUUCCCACAAUGAGACAUCAAGUCUUUCGCAAUCUACAACUUAUCAAUCUGAUUUAUUAAUCUCCGGUUGUCAUCUCUAAAUAAUAAUCGAAAACCUUAAAAUAUUCUAUUACGAAACGAAAGAUACUCAGAUUUCACUCGAACGAAUUAAACGGGAAUCGAGUUGAGUUUUUUUUAACCGGCGUGCCGCGAUUUUUCAUCGAGUCACGAUCUAAGCAGAAAGGUGGCGAGAUAGAGCGUAAUCUAAAGCCAAAUUAAAUUGAUUCAAGAUAUCUGCAGUCGCGAAAAUACGACAUACGGUGGUAGAUAGACGCGACGGUGUUGGACAAGAUAAAGAAAUACAUAUCGCGCGCACGUGACUAGCCAGUGACAAAGAAUCCCCGCCAGAGGCUACAGCCUCCUUUCCGAUUUUAUGCGAAACGACCGAGCAGCUUCAGUUUGGUGAAUAUCGUAUCGUCGUAAUCUUCGAAAUUCUAGUCGCGGUGCAAUUUAUAGUUCGCUUCCCCCGUUCGACCUGCGAUCAAAUCCUAAUCGCGCUUCCGCGUUUAACUUAGAUUAGUGCAAGCUAGGUGCCAUCGAGGUAAUUUUUAUAAUCAGUCAAAAAGAUCCUCCGAUCUUUAAUUCGCUAAUUACAUCGAGCUUUUUUAAUGAUUCCCUUUGUCAAAGUAAAUUACGUAAAGCUUGAAAUGAAAAGUCAAUGCGAGAGAAAGAAUAAUUGGCGAAUGGUUCCCGGUUCGAUGACACGUCGAUCACCGCGGACCGUAACGGUAGCGACGUUUUUUCUGGUACCAAACGAGGCUGAAUAGAUCUCGCAAUUUCCAUUGACCCAGCGGCACAAUUGAGAUCGAUAACGGAUUGUUUACGCCAUUUAGGCGUCCGUUAAAAAUAGACUGAACCGAUGAAUCAUUGGAUAGCUGGAAAUUGUUCAAUAAGUUUCGUCGAGCUCGCGGUGUACUUUAUUCCUUUGCCAACUGUCGAGUUUCUUUAAUUUUCAUUGUGUAGAGAAUGAUUGAUCACUUAAAAAUUACCUCUUCUAUCAAGGAAAGAGUGCACCACGAAUUGUUUGGCGAGAACGAGCCGUGGAACGUGGCGAGGAGUCGAACGCGGGAAGCGCAGUAUUUAGUUGAGUGUUCAGACAGCGUGACAGUAUUACUUCGCGUUAAUAAUUGCGAGAAAUAUUUCGCAAUUUUUCGACAAAAUGCGUCGUCGGAAAGUGGGCAUCGGGACGCUCGCGUCUCUGCUCCGCUGCAUCAAACUUACCGAGCAUGGACGUAGGAUGAAGGGCAGAUAAUAAUUAAACGUGAUCUACGAACGUGAUCGUGAUCAAUAAAUAACAGUACCGUGAACUUAUCAAAGGAGCACUCAUCGUGUUAUACUGAAACAGAACACGCUGGUGUGCCAAUUUGCGUCUCCGUUGGACGUUGAUACUCACAAUAAACCCGAGGCAGUGGUCUUAGAAGGAAAAUACUGGAAGCGUAAACUUGCUGCGGUGACUGCGGAGUACAAGAAAUGGCGUAUGUUCUACCGGAACAAGAUCCUUGGCUGGACGAACAAGGAUGGGACCGAGAUGAUGGAUACGAUGGAUGUCUUAGGUUGGGGCAGCGGCUUGGGCGUCUCGGGCAACUUUGGACCAGGUACAGGAAACACACACGCAGGAACCAGUGGGACUCCAGGAGGAGAGAGUAUGAUGGUUGAUGAGGAUUACAUGGAACUUAUGACUGAUACGUUAUUUUCAACAAUCAGUUCGAAUCAACCAAUAUACUUUCCCGAUCCGAGAGAAAUUGUGCGCGGAGCUAGUCUGGCGGAUUUUAUACAACCCAGCCUGGGACCGCUCCAGCCAAACUUAGAUGAUUUUAUGGAUACUCUUGAACCAUUGCAAGAAUUUUUAAACUCGAAACUGCCGCCUGUCCCCGAGGAAGACGACAUGUUUCGAAACAGCACACUAAACGCGAACUACCCUGAUCUCGACUUGAUGACUCCUAUGAAUCAGAUCAACGAGCUAAGUCAAGAGUCGGCGGUGAAAAAUGGACAAGCUUCGCAACAGGCGACGUUAGGACGAGAUGAACAGGGAGACACUUCUAUACAGAAUCUCCAGUACACCGCGAAGAUAUAUACUCAACCAGAGCAAACAAAUAGUUUCAGAACUAAUAUGAGUCUGGGUCAGAAUUACAAUACUAUACAACAAAGUUACGAGCCCUCUUCCGAAAGUCAACCCGUCAGGGAGAAAAGUCGGCCGAGUAGAGUUUCUUCAAGAACUAGUCGAGUGAUUCAACAGCAGCAACAACCAAAUACGUACCAACGGCCUACGCAGCAGCAACAAAACUCCACUUAUCAACAAACCGCGCAGCAACCAUACGCCAUGGAGAUUCAAACCGUUCAGUUGACGCCGGUUCAAAAUUCGAUAGGGGCGUUGAACGAUCACGCGAAUCAAAUCCAGCCGAUCGCCGGGCACGUACAGAAUUUGGUGACCGUGCAACAACAGAAUUUCGGAGCAAACAAUUCGAUGGUAUCGACCCAACACAGGACCAUCAGACCUCUGCCACCUGUUGCGUCGCCCGUGUCGCCGUCUAAGACGUUCAAAGUCGUUCCACCGCAACAGUGUUACAAGUUCUCCGCUCUUCAGCAAAACUUUAAUGCGCAGCAAUGCAAAUUUAACAACAAUAAUUUCAAGGCACACCCACCGCAACAGAUCGUAUCGGUUUCCGCGGAACAACCGUCGCAAUCGCCGAUACUGUUACAGUGCAGACCCUCCGGUUUGGAUCUCACUACGCCGACCGUGCAAUCCGCUAAAUUGUUGCCGCAGCCGGCCGCAUCGAAUUCAGAGAAAGAGGAGGUUUUUGCUGUUCCCAAGUGUCAGAUGAAAGCGAGGAACAGAUCUCGAAGUAGUUCAUCGCUAACAACGCCGAGAAUGCAUCCACCACCAUUAGUAUCAGCGGCGAGCGAUCCUAAUCUAAAUCUAAAUAACGACGUUUUACUCGCACAGUUACUCACUAAUAACGCAACGUCUGGUGUACACACACUGAAUACGUCAGCUGAUAAUAUAAUGUCGACAGUGAACCAAACGGCCACUACUAUGAAACACAUCUUACCAAUGUUUCCACCUUUAGCUUCGGCUACGCAGGUGACAACCAGUCAUCAUAUUACCACGCCGGUCACUGUCCAGACCAUGCAAACGUCUACGGUGCAAGUACAACCGCAGCAACAGGCAAUGCAACAGUCCGCUUGUAGCCAACAAAUGUUGUUGAAUGCAAGCAGUCAAGCGCAUCAGCCGCAAAAUAGUCCCGGCUCGCCGAAGGACAGCUCGAACGCGCACAGUCCUCAGGGGUUGAGUCUGAGCCCUCUCCACAGUCCGAUGAGCAUAGGGAGCCCACUGUCGCCGAGCAGGAGCUAUAUAAAGGGCGAAUCGGAACGAGGACAGUACAAGGAGCAAAGACGAGUCGGGCAUAUCCACGCGGAACAAAAGCGUAGAUAUAACAUUAAGAACGGGUUCGACAUGUUGCACAGUCUAAUUCCGCAGCUUAGUCAGAAUCCGAACACGAAACUUAGCAAGGCCGCGAUGCUGCAGAAAGGGGCGGAUUAUAUCAGGCAGCUGAGGGCGGAGAGGAACCAAUUAAAGGAGGAGAUGGAUAGCUUAAGACAUCAAAUCGAGUGCCUUAAUACUUCAAUUAGUAAUUGUCAAUCAAUGCUUCCUGCAACGGGUGCUCCGAUUUCGAGACACAGGACCAGCAAGAUGAAAGAGAUGUUCGACGAAUACGUACGCACGCGUACACGGGAAAAUUGGAAAUUUUGGAUUUUCAGUAUAUUACUCGAGCCGUUGAUGAUUUCUUUCAAUACCUCAGUGUCGACCGCGAGCAUCGAAGAUCUAUACAGAAGUACAAUAUUAUGGGUCGAGCAGCAUUGCUCGCUCGUCGAUCUCAGACCAGCCGUUCUGAAUUCCCUAAGAUAUCUGUGUACUGCCACUGAUAUUCUGUCAGAUCCUGGUCGCCUGCCCGAAGAAGCACUCGCAGCAGUCAAUCACACGGAACGACGACGAUCAACUCAGUGACCAAUUAUAAUACUAUGCGAAUUUCGUCGUGAAACGUGAUUCGUGUAUAGAAUUAAGGUUUUAGUCGCGUUACAAGUAAAAGGAGAAGCAGUUACCGUAGCAGUAAGCCGAUACGGGGGAAGAUAACUUACUAAAAACUUUUCAGACGGUCCCUUUUUACAGAUACGCUAUAUAGUUCCUCGUCGCAGCGGUCGUGGUUGACGAUGGAGCGAAUAUUCAAAGUGCAAUUUUCUCCCUUACCCUUCUCGAAAUUGUGAUCGAAAAUAUGAUCGAAUGGACCGUUAGAAAAAGAUUUUGUGAAAAAUGUAUACAAAGUUCACUCUCGCGAACACGUUCAACAAGAUAUAUGUGUAUUGUAAUAUACAGACUGCGAAUUUAGAAGAUACUGAGAUUCAAACAUCCUUUUUAUAGCAGUUAUCGCUAUUGUUAUUCGUAACGAAAUACCAACGAAGAAGUAGACUCGUAUUUAUUACGUAUCCGCGUUCACUCAGCAUUGCGAAAAAUUAUUACGUUUUACUUCACAAUCGCUAAUUUUCGUAAUUUCGAUUCAUCAAAUCUAUCUACGAAAAAAGGAAAAAUGUUUAGAGCAAGCCAUUCCAUUACGUCUUCACUAUGCUUGUUUUUGUUUAAGCUUACGAUAGAAAAACGAACAUGUUCUUGAGAUCGGUCUAUUUCCAUUUUAAAUUACGUUUCUUUCUACUUUUAAGGCAAAUACAUAUUUGUAAAAAGGUAUACUGCAAAUUCAUUCAUACUGGCGGUAUAUUUUUAUGAUAGUUGAAAUAUAAAUAAUUUUUCUUGACAAAAUUGUUUGAUUUUCAAAGUUUUUUUUACUACCGGCGAAUAAAGAAAUUGUUUUAUGCCGUGCGGAAGAUGUAUCUCCGAGUACGCGUGGACAGAACCAGUGCCAUGAAAUUGCAACGAGACAUGAAUCGGGAACACGAACCAUUCGAUAUAUUUACAUAAUAAAUUGUGAGAGACGAUUUUAAACCGAAUGCCCCACGGAACAUUCUCAACGUUUAUUUUAUACCAUACGAUAAAUCUAUACCUGUUGAUACUUGCAUAGUAAUAACUUUGAAAGGAUAAAGAAUUUAUACAAAGCGCAAAAGAUGGGUUGCUCAUAAAUUACGAGUUUACUACAUAAUAAUAAUAAUAAUGUUACAAAAUAUGAAGUUUUUUAACACGAAAUUUCAUGUGAUAAUGUACAAAUCAUUUAUAAAUGAAUUAACAUAUAUGUAUUAGAAUUUAAGCCAUGAAAGACGCCUGCAUAUUGUAACGUUGUUACGUUUAAAUAAUUAUUGUAUAUAACAGAAUACUUUAAGCGACGAACAAUCUUAAACAACUUUUUAAGCUGUUUCAACGAUUUCGAAAGAAUAUAAUUUUUAAUUCUGUGGACACCUGA